GGGAUUAGUCAACACUGAGCGCUACAGCAACUAGAAAUUUAUUUUCUUUGCAGUUUUUGUUGCAUUUUCACCCACUUUCCACUGGUCAUACAGCACAGCCAUGGCCCCACAACCGGUGGUAACGGGAUUGUCUCCAAAAGAGGGACCCCCUGGUACUCGUGUCAUCAUUCGUGGCGAAUUCCUGGGCACCAGAGUGCAAGACCUAAUUGGUCUCAAGAUUUGCGGUUCAGACUGCCUGCUGUCGGCGGAAUGGAAAUCACCCAACAAAAUUAUAGCCCGCACCGGUCCGGCCAAGGGAAAGGGUGACAUCAUUGUGUCCACGCUGAGCGGUGGUGUGGGCACGUCGACGGUUCAGUUUCGUGCCUACCACGAAACCAUUGGACCGCUCAAGGAGUCUGCUGUGUGGAUCGAAGAGUCGCCCAGCCAGAACUUUGCCUGGGGACGACGCACACUCACGCAGUCGGGGCUGACGCAGGAGGAUCCCCUAGGCCUGUCCAUUGAGGGCAAUGAACAGAAAAUACCCGAGGAUCUGCGUGACUUGUUUCCCGAUGCGUGUGGUGAUCUGUCGCAGGAGCACUUCUCCCCCUCCUGGUUUCUGCUGGAGAAUCAUUUGGCCACAUCCUUUGAGGACCUAAAGGCGGGUCUGGCCUAUCUGAAGCGCAAGGUGGAGAGCCAGAAGGAGGGACAGUUGUCGUUUCUCAAGUCCAAUGCGGGCUCUGUCAUUGACCAGCUGGACACGCUGAUGAACAUACGCGAUAAGCUGCAGGAGGAUGUCAAGCUGCAUGGCACCGAACCGCUCAACAUUCUGGAGGCCUCCAUAGAGAAUUCAAUUAGCGAGUCGCAGAAGAUCUUCACGGAUGUGCUGGUGCGCAAGGAGAAGGCAGACUCCACGCGUUCCGUUUUGUUUGCUCUCUCCCGGCACAAGUUUCUGUUUUGUCUGCCAAACGCAGUGGAUCGACGCGCCAAAGCGGGCGAAUAUGACAUUGUGGUGAAUGAUUACUCACGCGCCAAGAAUCUCUUUGGCAAGACGGAGAUACCCAUAUUCCGCAAAGUGCUGGAGGAGGUCGAUCAACGCAUUCUCUCCAUUCGCAAGCAGCUGCACGAGAAGGUGGUGAAGAUGCCGCAAAGCGUGGACCAGCAGAAGAAACUGAUCAAAGCGCUGACCAGCCUGGAGCUGCAGCAGAGCGGCACACCCAUUGGGGAUAAGCUGCGGAACAUUGAUCCCGCCUGGGAUGCCAUUGAGGCCAGAGCCAAGUAUCUGGAGGCCACAUUCCGGCAGACAUUCGAGCAGCAUGCCAACAAAGAUGCUGCUGGCACGCCCGAGAAGUCCAAGAGCCGCGACCCCAGCCAAGCUCCCAGCCGUGUCAACUUCUGCGAGGAACUCUGCGACAUUGCUGCCUCCCAGCUGCCGGAUCUGUGGCGUCUGGGGCAGCUGUACUUCACGGGAGAGCUGCGCGGGCCGCACGAUCCAAAGCCUGGGGACUUCAAGAAAAUGAUUCUCAAUGCAAUUGAGAAAUUCUGCGUUUACCUGCGACUGGCCAUCCUCAUAGCCGGCGAUCAGCGUGCGCUGCGGCAGUCGAGCGGCUUGAGUUGGUCCAUUGGCAGCGCCUCGGCCACACAUCAGUUCCUGCCGUGGAUUCCGCAGUGUCUGCGCUACACGCGGAUUGCGUAUGCCACGCUCAUAGGCCUGGAUCUGCCCUCCGAUGCGCUGGACAUCAUCCAAAAACUCAUCGAUGAGGUGCGUCUGUUCUGCUUCUCCAUCAUCUUCAAGCGCUCCACGGAUCGCUGCAAGAAGCUGGGCAACCAGGAGACCUGGGAAUUGGGCGUGGAGGAAUAUCCGGGUGCAACCAUUCUGCCUGCCGCGCUGGAGGCGCUGCUCGUGGAAACGUUGGACGAGGUGCAGUCGGUGUGCAUGCAGCCAGAGACGCGGGAGGGCAACCUACUCGAGCCGCAGUCCGAUGGACAGCGUGAGGUGUCGCAGCGCCUGCAGGAGUUCCUCUCCACCUUCAGUGCGGUGAUUGAGGAGCUCGCCUUUCAGUCCCACGACGAGGAGACGCCCACGCAUAAUGUGUCCCAGCUGUUGGGCUUCCCCAAUGCGCAGCAACUGGACUCGGUGGCCAGUGGCGGUGCGGCCGUGACCUGGGAGCAGCGAAUGCUCUGCUGCCUGGCCAACUAUGCGUACUGCAACAAGAGCUUCUUCCCGCACAUUGGCGACGUUUUCGUGCGCUAUGGCUAUCCGCUGCCCACGCUGGCCAUUGAGACGUCACGCUACACGGUGAAUCAAUUGUUCACCAACCUGCUGGAGGAGUAUGUGGAGCACAAGGGCGACCCGCUGGUGGGCACCAUUGAGCCCUCCAUGUACCUGGGUCGCUUUCAAUGGGAUCACGAGAUGGAGAUUGGCCAGCUGCGCCCGUACGCGCACGAAUGCUGCGACAACCUCGUUGGCGUUUACUCGGAGAUUUACAGCAUCUCCCCAGCCCUGCUGCGGCCCAUUCUGGAGUCCAUUGUGCAGACCAUAUCCGAGGAGCUGGCGCGCCUCAUGAGCUGCGUGCAGCGCUUCAGCUUUACGGGCGCGAUACAGGCUCACGUGGACAUACGCCUGCUGCGGGAUGCACUCGAGUGUUACUCGAAUGAGACAGCCAAAAACUACUUUAUGGAGGCACUGGAGGCCAUCAAUCCGCCGCUGAAUGGCGAGCAGAAGCGCAAGGCAGACGAGAUACUCGAGCGUGUGAAGCGGAAUAUGCGGCUGCAGCUGCUUUGCUUCAGCAUCAAGGAGCCGUAGGACCCGAGAAGGACAUGCUGCAGUACCAAUUGUGAUUCCCUGAUCUGUUCACUUGAAAGGGAUAUAAAAACUUUAUUCAAAAAA